GCUUUCAGGGGUUCUUGCAAGACGGCUGCGAUCAGCCUUGCUAGUCACGCGGGUUCCAACCUCUGCCGCCCUCCCAGGCGCCACCAGCGGGCCAGGAUCAGGGGACCUAAAUUGCAAGAGCCCACGCCCGUGCGCCCCCGGGAGGUUGUGCUGGCGCCGGAGGAAGAGGGAGGGGCCAGAGGGAGAGAGCGGCGGGCCACGCCCACCCGCAGGUGACCUCGAGCCCUGAGAGGCUCGGAGCGGGGGCCGGGCCCGGGGGCGGAGCCUUUCUCGCGCCGGUCCCCACGUGUCCCAGGUUCCUGCCCCCCCAGGGCCUGUGCUUAUAACCCUGGAUACGCACCUCUCCCGGUCCUGCUCUGCCGUCUGCCACUGCCGCCUGGGCUCACUGACAAGAUGUCCAGCAAGGGCUCUGUGGUUCUGGCCUACAGUGGCGGCCUGGACACCUCCUGCAUCCUCGUGUGGCUGAAGGAACAAGGCUAUGAUGUCAUCGCCUACCUGGCCAACAUUGGCCAGAAGGAAGACUUUGAGGAAGCCAGGAAGAAGGCGCUGAAGCUUGGGGCCAAAAAGGUGUUCAUUGAGGAUGUGAGCAAGGAGUUUGUGGAAGAGUUCAUCUGGCCUGCUGUCCAGUCCAGCGCACUCUAUGAGGACCGCUAUCUCCUGGGCACCUCUCUCGCCAGGCCUUGCAUAGCUCGUAGACAGGUGGAGAUUGCCCAGCGUGAAGGGGCCAAGUAUGUGUCUCACGGUGCCACGGGAAAGGGGAACGACCAGGUCCGCUUCGAGCUCACCUGCUACUCGUUGGCACCCCAGAUUAAGGUCAUUGCCCCCUGGAGGAUGCCUGAGUUUUACAACCGGUUCAAGGGCCGAAAUGAUUUGAUGGAAUAUGCAAAGCAACAUGGAAUCCCCAUCCCUGUCACGCCCAAGAGCCCCUGGAGUAUGGAUGAGAACCUUAUGCACAUCAGUUACGAAGCUGGAAUCCUGGAAAACCCCAAGAACCAAGCACCGCCAGGUCUCUAUACAAAAACUCAGGACCCAGCCAAAGCACCCAACAGCCCAGAUGUCCUUGAGAUAGAAUUCAAAAAAGGGGUCCCUGUGAAGGUGACCAACAUCAAAGAUGGCACUACCCACAGCACCUCCUUGGACCUCUUCAUGUACCUGAAUGAAGUUGCGGGCAAGCACGGAGUGGGUCGCAUUGACAUCGUGGAGAACCGCUUCAUUGGAAUGAAGUCCCGGGGUAUCUACGAGACCCCAGCAGGGACCAUCCUUUACCACGCUCAUUUAGACAUAGAGGCCUUCACCAUGGAUCGGGAAGUACGCAAAAUCAAGCAGGGCCUGGGCCUCAAAUUCGCAGAGCUCGUAUACACGGGUUUCUGGCACAGCCCUGAAUGUGAAUUUGUUCGCCACUGCAUCGAGAAGUCCCAGGAGAGGGUGGAAGGGAAGGUGCAAGUGUCUGUCUUCAAGGGCCAAGUGUACAUCCUCGGCCGAGAGUCUCCACUCUCACUAUACAAUGAAGAGCUGGUGAGCAUGAACGUGCAGGGUGACUAUGAGCCCAUUGACGCUACCGGCUUCAUCAAUAUCAACUCGCUCAGGCUGAAGGAGUACCAUCGCCUUCAGAGCAAGGUCACUGCCAAAUAGACCCUGACAAAGAAGAACGGGCCUCCCCACUCUGCAGCUCUCCCAGGCCUCAGCAUUAAUUGUUGUGAUAAAUUUGUAAUUGUAGCUUGUUCUCUACCACCUGACUGGAGCUGCUGUGCCCCCCCAACCCCCGCAGGCUUUGUUCCCUGGUCCCCUAUAGCCUACAAAAGUGGUCAUCGAAGGGAAGGGGAGGUGGCAGGCAGCUGCAGAAAGCGUAAAAUGACAAUUAAAAGAAGUUACAUUACUCUUU